CGAGGAGGAUGAACAUGCCCUCGGUUCUUAUUGCUCCUCCUCUCAGAUCUUAACUGUUCCUUUUUCAAGGAGGACUUGAAUUGGUGUUAGAUUGAUCGUCAUCGAGGGAUCCGAUGUUUUCUUAUUGAAUCCGAUAAUACCCAUUUGAUAUUAGGCGUAUUAAUCUGCUUGUAACUUAAAAGCAAGAAAAAUGCAAUCGGAUCUUGGUAAGUUAUUCAUCGGUGGGAUAUCAUGGGAUACGAACGAAGAACGCUUACAGGAGUAUUUCAGUAGUUAUGGUGAGGUGUUGGAAGCUGUUAUUAUGAAAGAUCACACCACUGGCCGUGCUCGUGGUUUCGGUUUCGUUGUCUUUGCGGAUCCUGCUGUUGCCGAAAGAGUCAUCAAAGAGAAGCACAACAUCGAUGGCCGAAUGGUCGAGGCUAAGAAGGCUGUUCCUCGAGAUGAUCAAAGCACAAUCAGUAGAAACAGCAAUAGCAUUCAGGGAUCUCCAGUUGCAGGCCGAACAAGAAAGAUAUUCGUAGGAGGUUUAGCAUCCACCGUCACCGAGAAUGAUUUCAAGAGGUAUUUUGAGCAAUUUGGUAAUAUUACAGAUGUCGUAGUUAUGUAUGAUCAUAAUACACAAAGGCCAAGAGGAUUUGGAUUCAUUACUUAUGAUUCAGAAGAAGCCGUAGAUAAAGUCCUCUUGAAAACUUUCCAUGAACUGAACGGUAAAAUGGUUGAAGUUAAACGUGCUGUCCCAAAAGAACUUUCACCCAGUCCUAGCCGAACCAUGGUUGGUGCGUACCCCUAUGGUCUGGGUCGAACCAGUGGCUUUCUUAAUGGCUACACUCAAGGAUCCUACUCUCCUAGUGUGGUUGGAGGUUAUGGUGUUAGAAUGGAUGGCAGGUUCAGUCCGGUUCCGGCUGGUAGAAGUGGGUUCGCUACUUUUGGUUCUGGUUACGGAAUGGGAUUAAACUUUGAACCAAAUAUGAGCAGCCCUAACUAUAAUCGGGCUUUAAGCUACGGAAGGGGAAUGAGUCCUUAUUUUGUAGGGACUUCAAAUCGGUUCACGGGUCCUAUAAAUUUUGAUGGUGGGAAUGGAGGGAAUACUUCUUUCUUCAGUUCGACUCCGAGGAACUUAUGGGGUAAUGGCGGGUUUAACUAUGGAUCAAAUUCAGCGGGAUCUAGUGGUUAUGUUGGAUCAGGAAGUGGGGUUAUCGGCGGGGGGUUAUUUGGGAAUUCUAGUCUCAAUUGGGGUUCUUCUCCAAUUGCAAAUCAAGGUGGCGGGAUUGGGAACUCUUCUACGCAGAGUGGGAAUCUUGGUUACGGAGGAGGUGAUAACAGUUAUGGUUUAGGAGGCGGCAGUGGGUAUGGUAGAAACGUUGCGACUAGUGGUGGUGCCGCUGCUAACGGUGGUGGUGGCGGCUAUGAAGGGCCUUUUUCUGACUUUUAUAGUGGUGCUAGCGGCAGCUCUGUUUAUGGCGGAGACCCAACUUGGCGGUCGGGAAAUAGUGAGCAAGAGGGGUCUGGUUCGUUUGGCGGGUAUGGGAUUGGCGGUGACGGUUCUGAUGUGCAAACUAAAAGUUCUCCUGGUUAUGUUGGUGCUUAUACCGUUGCCAAGCGACACACAAACAGAGGAAUUGCUGGCUAGUUUGGGCUUCGAAAGGCGACAAUAGUAGAUGAAGCUUGGUGUACCAGGUGAAACUGUGAAUUUUGCGAACCUCUGUAUGUUGAAAAAACUUGAAAAAAAGUCGGGUUAUCUUCUCCAGAGCUAAGUAGAAUGCUCGUUUUAGAGAUAGAAGAAGGCUUAUAAGUGAGUUCUUUAUUUCUUUUUUUUUUUUUUUGUGUUUUUAUGGAUUGAAUUUGAGUUACAUUUUUGGUCUUUUUGAGUGAGAUGUAAAAUCAGGUUGCGGCGUAUAGUCAAGAAAUGUAUCAUCUUGCAUCUCUGGUGAGACGGGCGAUGCAUGAAAAACAGGAUAAAAUGAUGCUUUUUGGUUUUAAGGUUUAGGGUUUCUUGAUUUUGUUUUUCCUGUUAGAAAAGAAAGAGAAACGGAAACUGCAAACUUGUAGCUCAUCGUCGUUUAUCGUUUUCGUUUUCGAAUUUUUAUUGGGGAUUUUGUUGUUUC